UCAGCCCUUUUCUCUUCAACCAUUACCACACACAGACACUACUAUCUCACUCAUACAUACAUUCAAGAUCCCCUUUCCCCUCCAAGCCCAUUUCGUUCUCUCCCCAAAAUCCCUGGAUUUCAACUCAGGAUUUGGGGGAAUUUCUUCCUUUUUCUGCAUUCUUGACAGGGGUUUAAACCCGGGGAAGACAAGUUGUCGACAAUCACGGCUGUGUUAAGAGUAAAUCGACCUCUUACACAUGCCCGAGCAGUACGACGCAAGGGUUGUGUAAGCGAGAGCAACCCUUCGCCGCACGGCGGACGUGGAGCCUUGCCUUCUGAAGGCGGAAGCCCAUCUGAUCUUCUCUUCCUCGCCGGCGGCGGUGGUUCUAUCUGUUUGUUGUUAGCUGCCUAAUCUUUGUGAAUAUUAUUCGCAUUUUGGUAGAAAUCAUACGUAGUACUGUUACAGUUAUUCGACCAGAAAUCCUUCUGUUGUUAGCUAGGAAGAAAACGGGUAAAAUUGUUGUAAAGAAAGAGAUCCGAAGAUGAUCCUAAGCAUCAAGAGGGUUCCUACUGUUGUUUCCAACUACCAAAAAGAAGAGGCUGAGGAAGGCGCUCGCCAUGCAACCGGAUGCGGCCGUAAUUGCCUCAGGAGCUGCUGCCUUCCAGGGGCGAAGCUGCCUUUGUAUGCUUUUACGAAGAUGGGCAAUGUUGUUGGGGAAAAGGGUUCUUUUGACAUUGAGAACAAAGAGCCUCCAGUAAACUUCUUGGACUCCCUUCUUCUUGGAGAGUGGGAGGACCGCAUGCAGAGAGGACUUUUUCGCUAUGAUGUUACUGCUUGUGAAACCAAGGUGAUUCCUGGGGAGUAUGGGUUUAUUGCACAGCUAAAUGAGGGUAGGCAUCUCAAGAAAAGGCCAACUGAGUUCCGUGUUGACAAGGUGUUGCAGCCCUUUGAUGAGAACAAGUUCAACUUUACUAAGGUUGGGCAGGAGGAGGUGCUCUUUCAGUUUGAGGGCAGGGAGGACAAUGAAGUCCAAUUCUUUCCAAAUGAGCCCAUUGAUAUUGAUAACUCGCCUAGCGUUGUCGCCAUUAAUGUUAGUCCAAUUGAGUAUGGGCAUGUAUUGCUCAUCCCUCGAAUUCUUGAAUGCUUGCCCCAGAGGAUUGACCGGGAGAGCUUCUUACUUGCUCUUUACAUGGCUGUGGAGGCAGGGAAUCCGUAUUUCCGCCUUGGUUACAAUAGCUUGGGUGCAUUUGCAACCAUCAAUCACCUUCACUUUCAGGCCUAUUACUUGGCAACACCCUUCCCUAUAGAAAAGGCUCCUUCAAAGAAGAUAACCACUACAACUGGUGGAGUCAAAAUCUCUGAUAUUCUUAAUUAUCCAGUCAGAGGCCUUGUUUUUGAGGGUGGAAAUGCGCUGGAAGAUUUAUCAAAUGUUGUCUCAGACUCCUGCAUUUGCCUGCAAGAGAACAACAUUCCAUAUAAUGUACUUAUUGCUGAUUGCGGAAAGCGAAUUUUCCUCUUCCCACAGUGCUACGCAGAGAAACAGGCCCUUGGAGAAGUGAGUUCUGAGCUUCUCGACACUCAAGUUAAUCCAGCAGUUUGGGAGAUCAGUGGGCAUAUGGUACUGAAACGGAAGGAGGAUUAUGAAGAGGCAUCUGAGGAAAAUGCUUGGCGGCUCCUGGCAGAGGUUUCCCUCUCUGAGGAGAGGCUGCAAGAAGUGAAGGAACUUAUAUUUGAAGCUAUUUGCUGCAAUAUGGAUGAGGAAAUUGUCACUCGCGUCAUGAAGGAUGAGUCGGAUGUCACUCCUCAAUCUCAUGACGACAUGGAUGGCCUCAAAGGGUCCCGACCUGCUAUGGUGCCUGCCUAAAAGAACUGUAGCAUCCUACUCUCCAAUUCUGCAACUUGGACAGUGGUGAAAGUGCAGCAUGAAUUUUCCGUAGUUUCCUUUGGAUUUUUAUAGAUAACGGUUUGUUGUUGGAUUCGUAGUGCUUUGUUUAGCUACUGGGAUUGUGCGAUCAAGAUUAUGUAAAAGUAUUCUUCUUGAUGGAUAUGCAUGAUUUAGACUAAACUGGUUGUUUCUGUUUGAGCUGAUUAUAUACAUCAUUA